UGUCCAUUUAUUUUGGCCUUUAGAGGGUGGAAGUGAGGCACGUUAACAGGCUCGUGUAUGUCUGAAGCGUCUGCUGAUGGCCAUGAUGUGCCUGUGGCAGAGAUAACUUUGGAGACUGAUUCUUCUGGUUGUCUGGCCAGCCCCAUGUACCAGUGCUAAGUUCAUCCUGAAAGCUUCAGCAAUUUGGGUAGCAUUGUACAAUGGAAAUCAGCCACUCUGUCAAAGAGCGCACCAUUGCUGAGAACAGCCUGGUCAUCCUACUCCAAGGUAUCCACGGUUACGUCACCACAGUCGAUCUGCGCGACGAGAGCACAGUGCUGGGCCGCAUCACCAAUGUGGACGCCUUCAUGAACAUUCGCCUGGCUGAGGUGACCUUCACAGACAGACAGGGCAGAGUCUCCCAGCUGGAUGACCUGUUUGUGACGGGCAGGAAUGUCCGCUAUGUCCAUAUCCCUGACGAAGUGGAUAUCAAGGCCACAGUGGAGAAGCAGCUGCAGCUGAUCCACAAGGUGCGCUAUUUUGGAGGCCGAGACAAAGGGAGAAAGGAAUUCCCUACAGCAAGACGCAAAUAAACUCUCCUGGGCAUUUCCCAGAAUCCCCAGGGAGCUCUAACCUGGAACAACAGCUCUCACAUCCCUUAUAACAUCACCCCCACUUCUGUACUGGAAAUCUUCCUGUCUCCGUUGUUACCGUUUUAGAGACUACAACAAACAUGUCUCAUCCUGAAAGAUCCCCUAGGCUGCUCUUUCAAAUCCCUUCUCUGCUUGUUACAGGGAUUUGAUUUUGGUUUCUUAGGGUAGCUUCCUGAUAUGGGGGGGGGGGGGAAUGCAGACAAGGAAUCAUCCAUAGGGGUUUAUUUUUAAUUUUUUAAGGCCUCUGUGAGACCUUCUAGUAUGUUUCUUGCUGCUCUGGCAGGUAGGGGGAAGGAGGACACUUUUUUUAUAUCCCGUCUCGUUCUUAAGUUGAUCAGUAAAUUUUUUUCAAAUAAAACCUUUGUCCAAAAACCAA